CUCCGUGCCCCUCUUCCUCUUCCACAGACGUCUCUGUCAGCGCGGGCGGUGCUCUGGUGUGCGUGUGUUUCGUAAUCGGCCGCGGUGUCUCUUCUCUUCUCUCAGCCGGUAAGAAUGGCAGCCGUCAGGACCCUCAGGAAACUGUGCCAACACACCCAGCAUCAAGUCUGUAAGCUGCACACGACCGCCUUGAGACAGGAGGCGGUUGUCAUCUCAGGAAAGAAACUUGCCCGGCAGAUUCGGGAGGAGGCCCGGGCCGAUGUGGAGAGCUGGGUCUUAGCCGGCCACAGGAGACCCCACCUGAGUGUGGUUCUGGUGGGAGAAAACCCAGCCAGUCACUCCUACGUCCUGAACAAGACACGCGCUGCAGCUGACGUCGGAAUCUCUAGUGAGACGAUUCUCAAACACUCAGACAUCAGUGAGGAGGAGUUAUUGGACCUGAUCUACAAACUCAACACAGAUCAUCGUGUGGACGGCCUGCUGGUCCAGCUCCCUCUGCCAGACCACAUUGAUGAGCGCGCUAUCUGCAACGCAGUUUCCCCCACCAAGGACGUGGAUGGUUUUCAUGUUGUUAAUGUGGGUCGCAUGUGUCUGGAUCAGUCCACCAUGCUUCCUGCCACUCCCUGGGGAGUCUGGGAAAUCAUCAAACGGACAGGUAUUCCAACUCUUGGGAAGAAUGUUGUGGUUGCAGGGCGCUCAAAGAAUGUGGGAAUGCCCAUCGCCAUGUUACUGCACACAGACGGCAGCCAUGAGAGGCCUGGAGGUGAUGCAACAGUCACCAUUUCUCAUCGUUACACUCCAAAGGAGCAACUUCGCCAUCACACUCAAAUUGCUGACAUCAUUGUGGCAGCUGCAGGGAUUCCAAACCUCAUUACAGCCGACAUGAUCAAAGAAGGAGCGGCAGUGAUUGAUGUGGGAAUAAACAGAGUGCAGGACCCAGUUACAGGGAAGCACAGGCUGGUUGGAGACGUGGAUUUUGAAGGUGUAAGGCAGAAGGCCUCCUUCAUCACUCCGGUGCCUGGAGGUGUGGGACCCAUGACUGUGGCAAUGCUAAUGAAGAACACUAUCAAAGCAGCCAAAAACGUUCUGCUGUUUCCCCCGGAGAGAAUCCGCAUGGCGGCAGCAUCUUAAUGGGUUGAAGAAAAACCCAGCUACAUUGACACAUUCCACCCACUCCUCAAUGACACCGCCCCUUGUUUUUACCGGGAGUGACCUGAUGAGCUCCUCUUGCACAGGGACUGGAAAGAUGAUACAGCUUUAAUGCUCUUUAACCUUUCCAAACUUCAAGUCCAGCCAUGUUUAGACUGUUACGAUCACUCAUGCAGCUGAGUGCUUUAUGUGACAGGGUUCUGAGUAUUUAUCAACCGCAUUAUGAAUUUUCCGUUAAGUUUAAAAGAAUCUUGAAAGGUUGUUUUAUUUAUUGCUACAAUGACAUAAUAUUUAAACCUGAAUGGAGGAAACAGGUCACAGUAUUUAACUCAAAGCUGGUUAACAGUUACUGAAGAGCCGAUUGCGGCCUGUCUGUUAUGUUUCUUUCAGUUGGUUUAGCCUUAUGUACCGUGAGUGAUAAGGGCUAACAUCAUCAGGAACAAGUACGUUUGAUCUACAUACAAGCUUUAAAGAUUCACAAUUGCCUUUGUAAAAACUUUGAAAUAAAUAUAAAAAUAUGUUCGCACAUCGAUG